CAUGCUCAUUUCUCCUCCAUCCGACUUUUGUUCCUUCCGUUUAGCUAUUUGUAUUUGCAUCCCAUCGAGAUCGAGGGGAAUGGCCCCUUAUUAAUCAGUGGUGGGGUACACACCAAGGGAAAGUAAAAUUCCAGGAGAGGAGAGGAGACGAGUAUUUGCUGUUCAUUUUAGGGUCUGGUUCCUGGUGCUUGUUGCGGAAGAGAAGCGAACAGGAGCAUCAUGAAGAGUAGCAUCAAGAAGACGAUAACAAAGAAGAAGCAUAUGUCUGAGUCGGAUGAUGUGAGCUCGGCUCGAGGUAAAGAGAAGAGAGCCACCAUGAACACGGAGGAGAAGAAGAAGAGCCAAAAGAGACCCAAAGCGAACAACAAGGAGAAGGAGAAGAAGAGGAAGGGCGCCUCUUUCUCUUCCUCCUCUUCCUCAACCUCCUCAACCUCCUGGGGAGCCGUCGCUACAUGCUCGUUUCCAAUGAGCCGGGUAUGGCGCCUCGUCCGGAGCGAGGGCUGCCAGGGCUCCGCCAUCGACACGCGCACCACUCAGGAUGCCGUAUUCCUCAUCAACAAGGCUGCUGAGAUGUUUCUUGAAAAAUUCACAGAGGAUGUUUAUGCUAAUGCCAAGCAUAAAAAGUCGGUUGCCUACAAAAAUCUCUCGUCAACUGUAUACAAGGAGAAAAAGUAUGAGUUCCUUUCAGAUUUUAUCCCUGAGAAAUUGAGAGGUGAAGAUGCGUUGAAGGCAAAAGCAGAAUGAGAGCUCGUGAAUUCUCAGACUUCAAAAGAUUCACAUACUAAAAGAUAUGGUAAUAUACCAGGAGUUACUAGCAUGUUUCUUCUUGAUAUCUCACAUGUAAAAGUCCCUACUCCAUCCGGAAGAAUCUAUUCAUAUUUCAACGUAUUUCUCCACAUUAUUUGCAGCAUGAUUUACUACCAGCAUUAAUUUGAGUAUAUUUGAACUGAUCCCAUAAAAAUCAAAGGUGCAUCUGCUUAUUUUGUGCAGAGUACCUAAUUGGGAUUGUGAUCAUCAUGAAGUAGAGCAAUACCAAUAUCAGGAAAUGAUUAAUCUGUGGCUGACGCUUAUGGCCAUCAAACAAACUCAAUGAAUCUUGGAAUAUCCAAAUAGAACUAUCUGGAUGUGGGGCUUGAA